AAAGUAAAAGUCAGGUUAAAACUGUGUCUCUGAAAAGGCGAAAGAUUGAAGAUAUAAAUAAUGACCAAAGUGGUCAAGGUUCAUUAUUGGACGAGUUAUCUCCUGAAGAAUAUCCUAUAAGUAGUGGUCAUAGUCCAAGCAUGCUGACAUUUUAUCACGACGCAUCAUGUCCACGUCGAGUAAUGGUCUAUACUGACGGUUCGUGUAAGGGUGCACUCGAUGAUCGUCAUGCUGGUUAUGGUGUUUAUUGGGGACCCAGCCAUCCAUGGAAUGUCUCUGAACGGUUAGAAGGAGAGCAAACGAAUAAUAGAGCAGAAAUCGAGGCAGUAAUAUGUGCAAUUAAACAAGCACACAUUGGUGGUAUAACUCAUUUAGGAAUAGUGACCGAUAGUAAAUUCACUGAAAACUGUGCAACAAAAUGGGGUAAACAAUGGGCACAGAACGCUUGGAAAUUAGCUAGUGGUAAAGAUGCUAGAUUAAAAGAACCUGUCAAACGAUUACUUGAGGUUAUCAACGAAUCAGGAAUACAAAUAACUUGGUAUCAUGUUCGUGGUCAUCAAGGUGUACACGGUAACGAAGAAGCAGAUUCAUUGGCUAAUAUAGGUGCUAGUAAACCAUUACCAAAGAAAUAA